AUGCGCACCGAUCCAGAAGUGCUCGCGAGAAGUGACAAGAUGCAGCCUGCUGGGGUCCGCAAGGGCAAGAUUGUUGAUCUUCUCUGCGAGUUUGGCCCUAGCAACCUCAAUCGCUGCCUCUUGUGUCAUGCCAUGGUCGUGGGCUCCAGCCUCCACUGCCUGGUCGAUCUUGGUGCGAACAACCUUGAACCAAAUGUCCGCAAAUCGAAUCGCAUCAAGGAGGGUCGUGUCGUUCGUCUUCCAGCGACCAUCGGUGACCACAAGUACAGCAUCGAAGUACUUCAAGCCCAUGUCUCGAAGGUAGGACUUCGAAGGAAACAUUUCCGUUCCUUGACCGGGCAAAUCCCAGAGACGGACCUUACCGUCGAAGCCUUUUACAACGUAGGGGGUUGGCUGGGUUGUCCCGUCUGA